AUGUCGAAACCAGGUGAUGUUAUAGGUUUAGGAGAUGAAAUACCCACAUCGCCUUCAGAGAAACUAAAAGGAUUUGAAUGGUGGAGGCGCUCUAUGCAAUAUAGAACAGGACUUGGACUAACAGACGAAGAGAAAAAGCAAUUCGAGCAUGAUUAUAAGGUCAAGUAUUUACCUCGUCAAUGUGCCGAUUGCAUAACUAAUAGAGACUGGAUGCUCAAAUUCUCUCCAACUGUAAUCUUUAUGGUUGAUCAUAUCAACAAGUUGGGAGGAAACAUUGAUAAGUCCAAAAUUGCUUGUGAUGUAUGCAGCGAAACGAAGGGAGGAGGAUUCCAUCCUGAAAUGGGGAUUUUAUUAUGCGCCAAUUGGAUUAGGAAUAAGUGGCAACUAGAGGAUAUCUUGGCCCAUGAGUUGGUACAUGCGUAUGAUCAUCUUAAGUUUAAGGUUGAUGUAUCAGAUUUGAGACAUCAUGCGUGCACGGAAAUUAGGGCAUCAAUGUUGAGUGGAGAAUGUAGAUUGUUCAAUGAGAUUAAGAAAACAGGGUUAGGAAACUUUGGGGGUAAAUUUCAAGAGUGUAUUAAAAGAAGGGCAAUUCUUUCAGUUUCUGCCAAUCCAGCUUGUAAGAAUGAAGAGGAGGCUAAAAAAGCUGUUAACUCUGUUUGGCAGUCCUGCUUCAAUGACACAAGGCCCUUUGAGCGGGUAUAUAGAUAA